GCCUAUGAACUUUGACAUACUCAUCUAGUACAUUAUUGAGAAGUUGUGCAAUUUUUACAACGUGAACCCUAACUGAAUUAUUUGUGUUUUGUUUCCAGGUCCUCAGUCUUCCACGUUGGAGAAAUAUUGAGGAAAACUAGAUGUGAUAAGAAAUUUAGACGAGAGAAAGUUUUACGGUUAGCCCAACAUCCGUCAGUUCUGAAAGUGAAGUAGUUGCAUAGACGUCAAUGGGUUGGACUGAUAGAAUUCAGUACCCGGAAGCUAUAAUCGCAGUGUCAGUGGGCGCGGUCGUUCUGUUGAUCAUAGCUUUCGGUGUCUGUUAUUGGCACGUAAAGAAAUUUCGAGGAAGCUCUUCCACAACGAUUCAAAGCCGACACAACAUCGGAUCACAUCGAACGACGUACGUAGCUCAGCCAAAUGAGUACGUAGUAGUGCCAGACCUAAAGAAACUUUACGGAGAUUGACUUCCUUUACAUCAUGAUAGCUUCGCCCACAAAGCUUGGAACAACCUUUUUCUUUUGAGUUCCUGAAAAAGAUGAUGAUCCACAACUUUAAACAAGUGCCUUAUAUCCGUGAAAAGAGAGGAGACGAAGCAAAGGUCAUCAAAGUGAACAGCGGGAAAGAUGUAAAACUCAAUUGCCAGAUCGAAUACAUAUGUCACUUUCUAAAUCCAGAGUAUUACUGGCUCAAAGACAAUCAGAUACUUACUCCAUCAGAUCAUCAACGUAUGAGGUUAAGACCCUACAGAUACCUAAAGAUAAGACAGGUAAAGAAAGAGGACGCCGGCUUUUACACCUGUGUUGCGGUGAACGAUUGCGGCAAAAAUCGUUAUACAAUGCAGCUCAUUGUCGGAGCUGCAAGAUUGAAUGAAAAGAUCACAGUUGCUCCAAUAUUCACGGUGUCGCAAGGCAAGAUGAGACGCAACCUUCUUGCGGUACCUGUUGGCAACUCUGUAAAGCUAGAUUGUUCUGCCGAUGGACACCCUCCUCCUACAGUAGAAUGGUACAAAGACGGAAAAUUGUUUAAGGAAAGGAAAGGUGGUAGAAAACUCUAUUUGAGUCAAUGGACAAACAAAGUACAACCAGCCGAGCUUCAGAAAACUGAAAGCACCACAGAUGAUUUAACUGUUAGCCCAACAUCCGUCAGUUCUGAAAGUGAAGCAGUUGUACAGACGUCAAGAGGUUGGACUGAUAUAAUUCGGUACCCGGCAGCUGUAAUCGCAGUGUCAGUGGGCAUGGUCGUUCUGUUGAUCAUAGCUUUCGGUGUCUGUUAUUGGCACGUAAGGAAAUCUCGAGCAAGCUCGUCCACAACGAUGCAAAGGCGACACAACAUCGCAUCACUUCGAACGACGUACGUAGCUCAGCCGAAUGAGUACGUAAUAGUGCCUGACCUAAAGAGACUUUACGUAGAUUGA